CCAUAUGUGAAAUGAGAUAAUAUUAUCAGGUGAUUGUGUGUUUGCUUUUUUUGACUGUUAAUGAAAUUUUUAUAACACUAAAAUAUUUAACUAAACCUGUUGAUUUUUUUCGCUAAUAAUAUCAAAUCGAUUUUUUUCAAUCAAUCAAGUGUUUGUUUUUGAAAAUAAGAUUAUUAUAUUCCACACACAAAUUUACAAAUGUUGCUUUCAUCCGAAGAUGAUGAGGUUCGAACAUGGGCCGAUGAAUUAAUUGAUGAUGAAUUCACUGCCGUUUGUUCACAUCAGACGAUUCGUUUGGAUACAAAUGAUUCGAAAUCACCACAGAAACAUUUUUCACUUAAUCACAAUAAUCAUUAUAUUUAUGGUGUUCUUACCGGAUUCAAUUAUGGUGAUUCAAAUGAUGAACAUUGUCUGAAAAUAUUUUCGGAAGUUUUUUCAUAUUUUCCUAUCGAAUUAAUGGAACGUAUUAAUUCGAUAAAAGAUUUCGAUCAAGAUGAAUGUUAUGAGAAUAUAUUGCUCGAAACAUUUUACAUUAUUGAACAAUUAAUUCGUAAACAUAUGGAUGAAAUAUUAAGUGAAAAAACGGCUUUAGAAUUAACAUUAAGCGGUACAGAUUCAUCACAAUAUCCAAAAAUUCAACAAAAAUUGAAUGAAUAUACGCAGAAAUUAUCGUUUGGCUUUUCCUGUGUGAUAACUAUUAUAAAUAAAGUGAAAAUUUAUGUGGCCAAUAUUGGUGAUGCACGAGCAAUACUUUGUUCAAAACAUAAUGAUCAAAUCCGAUCACAAGAAUUGUCAACUCGUCAUGAUUUAAGCAAUCCAAAUGAAUUGAAACGUUUGGAAAGUAUUUCGAUUGAAACCGAAGUAUUAAAAUCAAAUCAAAGGAUCGGUAAUAUGACCUUAACACGUUGUUUAGGAAAUUUAAGACUUAAAAAUUCUUAUAGAAAAUAUUGCGUUUUAUCUACAGCAACAAGCGAUCCUAUUCUUUCGAUACCAAGCCUCAAUUCCAUUCGUAUUAAUAGUUCUUGUAAAUUUUUGAUUUUAGCAUCGGCCAGUUUAUUUCAGACACUUCAACAAUGUUCAAAUUGUGAAAAUGUUCUCGAUGAUCUAUCGUUGAUGAUUAAUAAUAAACUUUCCGAACAAAAUGAUCUCAAAAAUGUUCCUGAUCUAGUUUUACAAGAUAUAUUUCAUAAAUAUCUAAAUCUACAUGAACAACAAGAAUUGCUUCAUUCGAAACCCAUCCUAUUGAUAAGAUUGUUUCCAUCAUCACCAAUGACAGAUGAUCAUGAUACUGAUGACGAUGCUAAUCAUGAUUCGAAAGCAGUUAAAACGGUAACCACACCGAUAAUCAUCAUGAAUGAUGAUGUCAAUCUUGAUCCAUCUAAAUCAAAUGAUUCAGGAGGAAAUUCAAAACGAGAACCAGAAGAGAUUGAUGCUUAUGUUGAUUUUGGUCCAUUAAUUGAAUCAUUGAAAAAACAUAAUAUCGAUUAUGAUUCUUUUAAUUAAUUUUUAUAUGAUUUUAUUAUAAUUUA